AUGCCGAAGACAUUAGAUGAUUCACAGGAUGAAAUAUCAUCAUCUGCCAUGAGCGAGGAAGAAUCUUCUCCACAGACUGCAGUCCGAGUCCCAAACCAAGAGGCUAUCAACCGCACAACAUCACACAUAUCUGGCCACGAUGCUUUCGAACCGGCUGCCACUAUCACUGCGUCAGAUGGCAAUGUGCCUUACCGGGAGGCAGGUGAUGAGAUCUUUGACAAAGUUUCCUCAAGACGCAAAGUUGCUAUCGUGACCGUCCUGUCGUUUGGGGCGUUCCUAUCACCAAUAUCGAGCACUUCAGUGUUAGCAGCGACACCAGAGGUUGCGAAGACUUUCAACAGCACGGGAAGCAUUAUAAACCUGAGUAAUGCAGCGUAUAUGAUUGUUAUGGCGUUAUCACCUUUAUUCUGGGGACCCAUGAGCCAGGUUUAUGGAAGGCGGAGCUAUUCAUACUCUGAGCAAUCAACUUUUGGAGCCUGGCUAUUUACUCAAACGGCCAGCUCGAUCUUCCCGGAGCUUCAAUAG